AUGGAGGAUGACAGGGAUGAAAAGAUGGAGGAUGACAGGGAUGAAAAGAUGGAGGGUGACAGGGAUGAAAAGAUGGAGAGAUUGUUGCCCUACGACAUUGACAACAACUCAGCCUUCAACCACAACACAGCAACAAACGACAACACAGCCUUCAACGACGACACAACAAAAAACGACAACGCAGCCUUUAACCACAACACAGCAACAAACGACAACACAGCCUUCAACGACGACACAACAACAAACGACAACACAGCCUUUAACCACAACACAGCAACAAACGACAACACAUCCUUCAACGACGACACAACAACAAACGACAACGCAGCCUUCAACAACGACACAACAACAAACGACAACGCAGCCUUCAACCACAACACAGCAACAAACGACAACGCAGCCUUCAACCACAACACAGCAACAACCGACAACACAGCCUUCAACGACGACACAACAACAAACGACAACGCAGCCUUCAACCACAACACAGCAACAAACGACAGCGCAGCCUUCAACCACAACACAGCAACAAACGACAGCACAGCCUUUAACGACGACACAACAACAAACGACAACGCUGCCUUCAACCACAACACAGCAACAACCGACAACACAGCCUUCAACGACGACACAACAACAAACGACAACACAGCCUUUAACCACGACACAGCAACAAACGACAACACAUCCUUCAACGACGACACAACAACAAACGACAACACAGCCUUUAACCACAACACAGCAACAAACGACAACACAUCCUUCAACGACGACAACGCAGCCUUCAACAACGACACGACAACAAACGACAACGCAGCCUUCAACCACAACACAGCAACAACCGACAACACAGCCUUUAACCACAACACAGCAACAAACGACAACACAGCCUUCAACGACGACACAACAGCAAACGACAACACAGCCUUCAACAACGACACGACGACAAACAACAACGCAGCCUUUAACCACAACACAGCAACAAACGACAACACAGCCUUCAAUGACGACACAACAAAAAACGACAAGGCAGCCUUCAACAACGACACAACAACAAACGACAUCACCGCCCUCAACAACAACACGGCGACAAACGACAAUGCAGCCAUCAACAACACCACAACAACAAACGACAACAUCGCUCUCUUCAACACCACAACGACAAACGACAACACUGCCAUUAACAACACCACAACAUCAAACUACGUCACCGCCCUCCACAGCAACACAACAACAAACGACAUCACCGCCCUCAACAACAACACAACAUCAAACGACAACACCACUCUCAACAACACCACAACGACAAACGACAACACUGCCAUUAACAACACCACAACAACGAACGACAACCCACCCUCAACAACACCACAACAACAAACGAAAACGCGGCAUACAACAACUACACAACAUCAAACUACAUCGCCGACGUCAACAACGACACUACAAAAAAUGACAACACAGCCCUCAACAACACCACGACAACAAACGACAACACAGCCAUUAACAACACCACAACAUCAAACUACGUUGCCGCCGUCAACAACGACACUACAAAAAAUGACAACACAACCCUCGACAACACCACUAAAACAAACGAAAACGCAGCAUUCAAGAACGACACAACAACAAACUACUGCGCAGCCCUCAACAACACUACAACAACAAACGAAAACGCAGCAUUCAACAGCAACACAACAACAAACGACAACAGAGCCCUCAACAACACUACGACAGCAAACGUCAACGCAGCCUCCAACAACAAAAACGAAAACUCAAAAAGGGACAACACAGCCCUCAACAACACCACAAAGGCAAACUAAGUCGCCGCUCUCAACAUCAACAAAACAACGUAUUUCAACGCAGCCAUCAGCAUCGUCAAAACAACAAACAACAACACAGGCCUCAACAACUUUGCUAUCAAGACGAAACAAGCCAUCUAUAAAAUACCGACUGCUUGCCAGCAAUGCCGCCCUCAACGAUUCGUACUCGUUCAACAGUGUGACGUCCUUCAUCACGUGCAGUCAAAUGUGCUUUGAUGACGUCUCAUGCAGGAGUUUCACAUACAUUGGAGAGACGGGGGUGUGCUUGCUGGGCCAACAAUCAGCCCUUGAAGUACACCAGGGAGCUAAAACUUAUACAAGCUAGGUUAACUUUAGCUUUAGUGGUUGGUCAUGUGGUAGAUACGAACAUAUAAUUUAUAUGCGGUAAUGAGAACCUGUAAAAUAUCGUAAUUUUCUAAUAACAAAGGGCUGAGGGCAGCACAUUUGUAUAUUCACCAUCACUCAAGACACGGUGAUAGAUUAGCCAGUCUUAGUAUCUUCGUCUUUUAUCAAAGAGGUGGCUACGUUUUAAUUUUUAUCACUUUGAUCUGGCAUAGAUAUUUCGUUUGUAACCAUUAUUCGUCUCAAUGUAUGUUUUGUUUAGUUUGAAAUAGCACAAUGUAGCAUAAGUUUAGUAAUUUACUAAUUAAAACAUUUAAGUACAUUUUAUUACGUAAAUAUAGAUAGGGCAAACCUUAAUA